ACGUACAGUGCGCGACUGAUUGUUAAGUUUCGCCAACGCCCAUUCUUUGUCUCUCUCUCUCUCUCUCUCUCUCUCUCUCCUCGUUACAAUCGCCCGCCGCUUCUUACCUCUCAGACAAUGGCUCAGAAGGAGGAACACCCGCUUCUGCAGAAGCCUCUCUAUGUCUUCGACCUCCCUCAAGACAUUCUGUCCACCAUAGCCCUCAAGGACCAAGCCGGCCAGACGCAGACCCAGGCUGCAGAAGAUAAUGCCGCUUCGCCCAGCCCUGCACAGCCUGCCGCGGAAUCCAGACCCGAGACGCCCGACAAUGCUCCCGCCGCUGCCACCUCCUGCGCACUCUGCAACCUCAACUUCCCGAGCCUGCAAGAGCAGCGCAGCCAUGUCCGCUCCGACCUCCAUGGCUACAACCUGAAGCAGAAGAUGCGCGGCCAGAAGCCGGUGGGAGAGGGCGAGUUCGAGAAGCUGGUGGGCGAGCUGGACGAGAGCAUAUCGGGCUCCGAGUCGUCCGAGUCGGACAGCGACGACGAGAAGGAGACGACGCUCAGCGCGCUGCUGAAGAAGCAGGCCAAGAUUUCGAAUCCCGAGUUUGACGACUUUGCGCCCAAGAAGAGGAAGCGUGGCGCGGGGAAGCCGCCGCUGCUGUGGUUCACGUCGCCCGCGCUGCCCAGUGAGGUGUCUUUGGGUGUGUAUCGUGCCAUACUGUCUGACGCGGAGCAAGAGGAGGAGGCGCACGUGGUGGAGACGAUACGCAACAAGCAGCUCCCGCCUAUGCCGCCGCCGGGGCAGAAGAAGGCGAGCGAGGAGGACGAAGGCGGCGUGCGGUUACCUGCCGCGCCAGAGAUUGGGCCGCACUAUUUCCUCUGCAUGAUCGGAGGUGGCCACUUUGCGGCCAUGAUCGUGUCGCUUGCACCCAAGAUGGGCAAGAAGCAUACGGGCAUGGACGAACGCCAGGCUACCGUUGUUGCGCACAAGACGUUCCACCGCUACACGACCCGGCGGAAGCAGGGUGGCUCGCAGUCUGCCAGCGACGCGGCCAGAGGCGCUGCCCACUCUGCCGGUUCGUCGCUCCGUCGGUACAACGAGGCAGCGCUCACGCAGGACGUGCGGAACCUGCUGAAGGAGUGGAAGGACAUGAUAGACUCGGCGGACCUGCUCUUCAUCCGUGCGACGGGCAGCACCAACCGGCGCACGCUGUUUGGGCCUUACGAGGGCCAGGUCCUCAAGCACAACGACCCCCGGAAUAGAGGCUUCCCCUUCUCUACCCGCCGCGCCACCCAAGCCGAGCUCAUGCGCUCCUUUGUCGAGCUCACCCGCGUCAAGGUCUCGCGCGUAGACGAAGCCGCAAUAGCAGCGGCAGCCGCCGCCGCAGCAGCAGCGCAAGCAUCAUCCGAAGCGUCUUCGCGCACCGCGACGCCCUCCAAGCCCAAGCCACCCAAGCCAACGCCCGAAGAGGAAGAAGCCACACUGCACACGACGCAGCUGCAAGCACUGAUCCGGCGCUCCAAAGCCCCGGCCAUCGUCAACUACCUCGCGAGCAACCAGCUCUCGCCCGACUUCCGCUUCCACCCGCGCGACACCGAGAAGAACUACCACGCGCCGACGCCGCUGCACCUGGCGGCGCACGUGGGCGCGCCCGCCGUCGUGACGGCCCUGCUCGUUAAGGCGCGCGCCGACCCCGCGGUGCGCAACCUCGAGGAGCGCACGCCCUACGAGCUGUGCAGCGACCGUGCCACGCGGGACGCAUUCCGCAUAGCGCGCGCCGAGCGGGGCGACGAGGGCGGCGCCAUCGACUGGGACGGGGCGGGGGUGCCGGCGGCGCUGGCCCGGGGCGGCGGCGACGCCGCAGGAGAGGAGGGAGGAGGAGGCUAGGGGGCUGACGCCUGAGAUGAAGGCGCGGUUGGAGCGGGAAAGGCGGGCACGGGCGGCGGAGGAGCGGAUUCGGAGGAUGCAGGGGGGACGGUGAUGGGUUGGUUGGUGGGGUGGGUGGAUUGAUUGAUAUCCUGGUUGGUGGUUGUUGUUGUUGUUGUUGUUGUUUUGAGCGAGUGGGUAUGAUAUCUAUGAUACCUAGCUAGCGAGCUAUUUUAGACAGUUUAUUGAGAUACUGGAUGCCCGCUUAGAGUUGAUAGAAGUCCAUGACAUUCCCAAGCUCUCACACCAAAACUUGCCAGCGAAUUCUACGAACAACACCAAAGGC